AUGUAUAAUUCACAAAUAUCCUUCACCCUUGACACCAUCUGCCCCUGGACAUACCUCGCCAAGAAGCGCCUCGACCUCGCGCUCGCCCAGCUCCCACCCGAGGUCUCCUCCAAGGCCUCGUUCAAGGUCCAGUUCCUGCCGUACCAGCUAUACCCUUCCUUCGGCCCCGCGCAGGACAAGUACGCCUGGCAGCGAGACCGCAAGUACGAUGGGUCAAAGGAGAAGAUGGAAAUGUACGUCGAGUACAUGAGCACGCUAGGCGAGGCCAGCGGCAUCAAGUUCAGCUUCGGCGGCGACAUCGCCGACACCCUGCAGGCCCACCGGGUCAUCCAGUACUUCCAGGAGGAAGCGGGCGCGGAGACGGCCAACAGGCUCGUUGAUGCGCUGUACAGGAUGUACUUUGAGGAAGAGAGGAGCCCCAGCUCCCGCGAGACGUUGGUCGCGGCGUGUGUGGAGGCUGGCAUUGACGGCGAGAAAGCGAAGGCGGUGGUGGAGGAUGAGAGCGAGGGUGCGGCGGAGGUGAAGGCAGCGUUGAGGGAGUCCGUGACCAACGCCAUUGAUUCAGUGCCGCACAUUGUGUUUGAAGGGAAGAGGAGAGAUCUCACGCUGGUGGGCGCGAAGGAGGUACACGAGUAUGUAAAGGCGAUGGAGGCUAUUGCCAAGGAAAGUUCAUAG